UGAAAUUACACAAAAUGAAAGACCGAGGGUAUAUACGGUAUAAUCCCAUCUGUAAAAUAGUAAAUAUAAUUAAUUUAAUUUUUUUCUUUCUUCGCAUGUAAUAUUUUUUUCUCUGCAAAUCCGGCAAUCUCUCUCAUUCUUCUCUCUCUCUAAAACUGAUGUGCACUUCUUCUGCAAAUCUCCUCCGCCAUUUCUGAACCCGUGUCUUUCUCAUUCUAUCGAUACAUAUCUAGAGAGAGAGAGAGAGAGAAUCAUGGACGAUGAUGUUAAGAAUGAUUCCGCAGCAGAAAUUUCGUCGAGCUGUUUGCCUUCUGAGCCACGUCAAAUAGAAGAAGAAAAAAAGGAGGAAGAAGAAGAAGAGGAAGAGAGAGAAGAGGCUUCUUCUUCAGAUGAAGACCAGAGAGUCUAUUUAGUCCCGUUUAGAUGGUGGAAGGAGGCACAAGACCCCUCUUUGUCGGAGGUGAAAAACGGAAUUCCGUAUGCAGCAUGCCCUGCUCCUCCAUACGGUGGUCCGAUGAAGAUAUUCAACAAUAUAUUCAAUUCAGAUAUUUCAUUUAACCUAAAGAAAGAAGAUGGCUCUUCUAGCAAUGGGGAAAGUGGUGAAGUUGGGCUACAGAAUCGAGAUUAUGCAUUGGUCCCCGGUGAUGUUUGGCUGCAGACACUCAAAUGGCACAGUGAUUUCAGAAGUUCGUCUAAGGACAAAAAAGGGUUUUCAGCUGUAGAAGAAGAUAUGUCAGAUGUCUAUCCAUUGCAACUUAGGCUCUCUGUGUUGUGGGAAACCAAUGUACUGGCGGUAAAAAUAAGCAAAAAGGAUAAUUCAGUUGAGUGCUUUCGAAGAGCCUGCAAGAUUUUUAAUGUGGAAGCUGAGCCUUUACGGGUUUGGGAUUUUUCUGGGCAGACAAUGCUGCUUUUCUUGAACGAGAAAAAUAAGAUCUUAAAAGAUUCCCAAAAGCUAACAGAGCAGGAUCUGCCGCUUGAGUUGCAAGUUUAUGGAUUGUCAGAUUCUUUUAGAAAUAAAGGACCUAAAAAAGACGAUAAUGGGCAACAUUCUAAUGGUGCUUCAUUUCUGAUGAAUGGUAAUUCUGCUGGAAGCAAAUCUUCGUAUCUUCUCGGGAGUUCGUUUGAAGCUGGUAGUUUGGGCUUAACUGGAUUACAAAACCUGGGGAACACUUGCUUUAUGAACAGUGCUAUUCAGUGUCUAGCACACACCCCAAAGCUUGUUGAUUACUUCCUUGGAGACUACAGGAAAGAAAUAAACCCGGACAAUCCAUUAGGCAUGAAAGGUGAGAUUGCUUCGUCUUUCGGAGAUCUGAUGAAGAAAUUAUGGGCACCUGGAGCAACUCCACUGGCACCAAGAACAUUCAAAUUGAAGCUUGCUCAUUUUGCCCCGCAAUUCAGUGGCUUUAAUCAGCACGAUUCCCAAGAGGUCCUGGCAUUUCUUUUAGAUGGUCUACAUGAAGAUUUAAAUCGUGUGAAAUGCAAACCGUACGUCGAAGCUAAAGAUUCCGACGGGCGACCUGAUGAAGAAGUAGCUGAUGAAUAUUGGCGGAAUCACCUUGCUCGUAAUGACUCUAUAAUUGUCGAUGUUUGCCAAGGUCAGUUCCGGUCCACAUUAAUAUGUCCAGAGUGCAGAAAGUUGUCUGUUACUUUCGACCCAUUCAUGUAUCUGUCGUUACCUCUGCCAUCAACAUCCACGCGGACAAUGACGGUGACAGUUGUAAAAUCUGAUGGUAGUACUAAGCCAUCCUCGUUCACUGUCACUGUACCCAAGAAUGGGAAGCUUGAAGAUCUCACUCAGGCCUUAAGCACAGCAUGUUCGUUAGGAGUUGACGAAAUGCUCUUAGUUGCUGAGAUUUACAACAACCGUAUCAUACGUUUUCUGGAAGAGCCGACUGAUUCGUUAUCUUUGAUUAGAGACAAUGACCAACUAAUCGCAUAUAGGCUGUCGAAGGAUGCUAAGGAAUCCCCGCUUUUUGUAUUUAUGCAUCAGCAGAUUGAAGAAAAAUUCAUUUGUGGGAAAUUAACACCCAAUUGGAAGGCAUUCGGAGUUCCCCUCAUAGUACGGGAAAACAUUGCUAAAGGAUCUGAUUUUCGUGAAGUGUAUGCAAAGUUACUUGCUCCAUUCCUGGUACCUGAUGACGAUUCUGCCGACAAUAUUGAUUCCUCAAACAAUAGUGCAACCGAAGUAGAUUCUUUAUUAAGUGAGUCGCCUCUGAAAUCCGAUGAAGAAAAGCCUGUGGAAGGACAAUCUGUUGCAGAUUUUCAGUUCUACUUAACAAACGAAAAAGGAGUAGAAAAAAAAUCCGAAAUCGGAAUGGAAGAGCUGGUGAAACCCAUGCCUGAAAGGCUUUAUGUACUUGUAUCUUGGUCGGAAAAGAUGGUCAAGCGUUACGACGUACAGCCUUUGACUUCGCUUCCGGAAGUUUUCAAAUCGGGAUUCUUCGCAAAGAGACCGCAGGAAUCUGUAUCUCUGUAUAAAUGCCUCGAAGCGUUUCUAAAGGAGGAGCCUCUUGGACCAGAUGAUAUGUGGUACUGUCCGGUUUGCAAGAAGCACUGUCAAGCCGAUAAGAAAUUAGAUCUCUGGAGAUUGCCGGAAAUCUUGGUCAUCCAUUUGAAAAGAUUCUCCUACAACCGUUUUCUGAAGAAUAAAUUGGAGACUUAUGUUGACUUCCCCAUCCGGGAUCUUGACCUGUCCGAUUAUAUCGCCCAAAAGGGCGGAAAAUCUUCUAACCGCUAUUUGCUUUAUGCAAUAAGUAACCAUUACGGAAGCAUGGGAGGCGGUCACUACACAGCAUUUGUUCAUCAUGGCGGUGAUAGGUGGUACGAUUUUGACGACAGCCACGUGUCUCCGAUUAGUGAGGACAAGAUCAAAACCUCAGCUGCCUAUGUUUUGUUUUACAGGAGAGUUGAAGAUGCCUGAAAAAAGUUGAGAUGAGUAAGUGAUUAUUGGAAAAGAGAUUAAUUAAUUACUUAAUUAAUGUUUUUUUUAAUUAUUGGUUAUGGAUAUGGGUACAAUAAUUUUUGUCUUGAUAUUUUGUUAGUCUUAGGUAGUGUUUUUUUUUAAGAUUUGAAAACUGAAAGGGUGUUUGUUAGUAUAGGAUGAUGAUAAUGAUAAUGCCGAAGAAAAAAAAUCAUUAUAUAAAUUAAAUAUAGUGAAAGCUGAGGUGGCAGUUGAGAAUCUUAUAUAGGAUCAUUUUGCUACAAAAAAUGUAGCCAUUAAAUUAUUGUAACUGGUCUAUUUUAUCAAAUAGUGGGAUUUUUUUUAGGUAC